AUGGUCACCAUCUUUGAGCAGAACAUUUCUCCGUUCAGAUCAAAGCGGUACAAGUUGGAAAACCAAGCACUGGUGGUCAUUCUUGAUUGGACGUUCUUUUUCAGUACUCCUUUGGAAAGUUUCAUCAAUUCAUCCAUUCACCGUUGCCCAACCACGAUCUGUCAAGUGACCAGUGACAAGACUUUGCUGAACAGCAGUCACGUGGUAUUUUUCCAUGAACGAAACUUCGAUCCGAUGGACCUGCCAAACUACCGUCAUCCGUCACAACUUUUCGUCAUUGCCAACUGGGAGGCACCGUUGCACAUCUCGGGGUCCACCGCUUUCAUCGAGCAUAACUUUUUCAACCUCACCAUGACGUAUCGACGCGACUCUGACAUAUUUUCUCCUUAUAUGCUAGUGGAGAAAAAUAAGAAUGUGCUGCAGCAAAACGACGAACAGCUCACGAAGCUAGCCAAGGGAAAGACGAAGCACAUCGCAUGGUUUGUCAGCAACUGCCACACUAGCAGCGGAAGGGAGCUGUACGUAAAACAGCUUCAGAAGUACAUCGCAGUCGAUAUAUACGGCGGGUGUGGACCUCUGCGGUGCUCACGCGAAAACGGCAGCUGCACUGACAUGCUGAAGAACGAUUAUCGGUUUUACCUGUCUUUCGAGAACGCCAUUUGCCUCGAUUAUGUUACGGAAAAGGUAACAACCGCCUUAAGCACGUACGUCAUGCCGAUUGUCCUCAGUCGGGCCAUCGCCGAGCCCUUACUACCUGAAGGCAGCUUUGUCGCCGUCGAUGAUUUUGAGAGUCCAAAACUUCUUGCUGAGUUUCUUUACAAGCUUGGCAACGACACAACAUGGUAUAUCACGUACUUCAAGUAUAAGCUUGAGUACACGGUCAGAGACGAACCGUGGACGACGCGGAUUUGCUCACUCUGUGAGCAAUUUUCGCGAAACCGCCAGCCAUUUAUUCGACAUGUAAAAAAUUUCCAGAAAUGGUUUACGCAAAACGGUGACUGUGCUCCUAUCUUCAUCGCUGAUGAAAGAAAUUAA